GGAAGAAGCAGUGCUGUCUGUCCGAGCGUGCAGAGGUGUUCAGCUGCGAACUCAAAGCAAAGCAAACAGUUCAAUCAGUCUGUGGGAUUUUCAGCAGAGUGACAUUAUGGCAGCAGCAGCAGCACCGGAUGAGGAUUUCAAUCAACCAGAACACAGCAGCUCUGACUUUGAGGAGUUGUCUGAGCUGAGGGUCGUUCUGCUGGGGAACAGCUGGUCUAAGAGGAGCUCAGUGGGGAACUGCAUACUGGGAGUGACUGUGUUCAGCUCUGAGGAUAAAGCAGACCUCUGCCUGAGAGUCAAAAGAGAGCUGAAGGGGAAAGAAAUCGAUCUCAUCAACACUCCAGAUCUGCUGUCUCCUAAAAUCUCCCCAGAAGAUCUGAGGAAACAAGUUGAGAACUGUGUGAGACUCUCUGCUCCUGGACCUCAUGUGUUUCUGCUGGUCCUCCAGCCUGCAGACUUCACUGAGGAUCACAGACAGAGGCUACAAAUGGUCCUUGAACUCUUCGGUGAUCCAUCAUGUGAUCGUUCACUGGUUCUGAUAAUGCCCAAAGACAAGAGUUCAAGUUCCACUGAAAAGUAUCAGCAGCAUCCACAGUUAGGAGAGAUUAUCAAGAAAUGUAGAGAAAAAUUGUUGUGGCAGAAGAACCUGGAACAAGAGCAGCUGUUAGCAGCCAUAGAUACAGUGGUGAAGAAGAGCAUGGGAGAACAUGUGAGCUGUAAUGUUUUCAAUAACAAAACAUCUGUUUUGUCCAGUAAUUACCCAAAAGAAAAAGUCUCUCCCAGCUUGGAUCCUGUUAGGGGCGCACAUAAACUCAGGAUAAUGCUGUUUGGAAAAAGUGAUGACAAAAAAUCAGCCCUGGAAAAAAUCAUCGUUGGGAAGAAAAGAUCCAUUGUGUCUAAAGUCCUUGGAGGAAAGCAAUGUCGCGCUGCCUCUGGAGAGUGGAACGGGAAACCGUUGACAGUAGUAAAGACUCCCAACAUCUUCAGUCUGCCUGUGGAAACAUUGUUUAAAGAGAUGAAGAGCUGUGUGAGUCUCUGUCCUCCUGGACCAAACGUUCUGCUGCUGUUAGUCAAACCUUCUGAUUUCACUGAGAAGAACAGAAAAACUCUGAAUUUGGUCCUGAGCUUGUUUGGUCAAGAUGCUUUUAAUCACUCCAUCGUCAUCCGAACGCAUAACGAGGAAGGGAAUAACUCAGUGGAUAAACUCAUUGAAGAAUCCAAACAAAGGCAGCAGUUCAUUAACUUUGACAGGAAAGACUCCUUCUCAGAUUCCUCUGAGUUGAUGGAAGAAAUGAAUAAGAUGGUGACUAAAAACUGGGGAAAAUAUCUCAUAUUAAAAGAAGAAGCUAAACCCAAUCUGAAGUCCAGUCUGAACCUGGUUCUGUGUGGGAGGAGAGGAGCAGGGAAGACGUCAGCAGCCAAGGCCAUUUUAGGUCAGACUGAGCUUCAUUCAGCCUCCAACUCAUCAGAGAGGCAGUGA